UGAGACUCAUUCGUAAGGACAACAGAGAACUGAUUUGGGGUCACCUGGCUCAGGUAGAUGGGACCAUCUAGUUGCAGGAAAACCAGCUCAGGGCUCCUACUGAUUCUACAUUAUGGUAUAAUGGAAACUGCAGGGCUAUCUUUCUCCAGAUACUUUGUUGUUAUGAAUCUCCUCCAGAUGACAAUACCAAGUUCAGAGCAAUUCACAGUGAAUAGCUUAGAGAAGCCAGUCUUGGCUGCACUGGGUGGGAAUGUUGAGCUCAGUUGCCAGCUGUCUCCACCACAAAGCGCAGAACACAUGGAGAUACGCUGGUUCCGGAGUCACUACACACGACCUGUUUACCUGUAUAAGGAGGGUAAAGACCUGUACGGAGAAACUAUCUCCAAGUAUGUGGAGCGGACAAAGCUCCUGAAAGAAGCCAUUGGAGAAGGUAAAGUGACCCUCAGGAUCCUUAAUAUCAGUGCUGAUGAUGACGGGCAGUACCACUGCUUCUUCAAAGAUGGAGAUGUCUUUGAAGAGGCCAUCGCAGAAGUGAAGGUCACAGCUACAAGUUUAGAAAUACAAAUUCUUAUUCAUCCUCCGAAUACCAAAGGUCUUUUAGUGGAGUGUAAUUCAGAAGGUUGGUUCCCACAGCCUCAAAUGGAAUGGAGAGAUAGCAGAGGAGAGAUCAUUCCACCUUCAUCAAAAUCCCAUUCACAGGAUGGAAACAAAUUGUUCAACAUGAAGAUGAGCCUUCUCCUUAGUGAUAGCUCCCAUGGCAACAUCACUUGCUACCUUCGAAAUCCUGUAACUGGUCAAGAGGAAAGGACAAGCAUUGUCUUAUCAGAUAAACUAUUUCCAUGGGAUUCUGUCUGGAUACUGAUUCUGGUUGCAAUCUUGGCUGUUCUGCUAUUCUUCAUUAUGAUGCCCAGUGUUGAGCUACAGCAAAGAGAGCAACGUAAGUGCUGUGACUGGAAUUCUCCCUGCCUGAUAGGCAUUGGGAUAGUUUUCUCUUCAAUGUGUGUAAUCAUUGGACUCACUAUCACUUUGCAUCACAGAAACAGAGAAACACCACCUUGGUAACCAAUGCUGCUAUGAGGUGAGAAAAGAGCAGGACAGAACUGAAGUAACAACCAGCUCUCUCACAGUGAGUGAUUCACAUCAGUAUAAGUCAAGCCAAGCCCCUGGCAAACACCAAUCUACCCUCGGCCUCUGAGAGAGCAAGAUAAAGCUGAAGUAGCAACCAGCUCACUCACAGUGGGUGAUUCAUAUCAGCAGCAUCAAGACAAGACAAGAAUGUGUGGAGUCCCCUGCCAUCUGAGUGACCUCUCUUGCAGGGCCAGGAAUCACCAUGGCCUGGCAAAACCAGCCUCAGUGCCCUCAGUAUCUGUGGUUGCUCCUUCCCUGGAGUCCUUUGUGGCACCAGAAACUGACUCUUCCUGCCUCCAGUUGUCUUCUAGAUCUGAGAGGACAAAAGCCCCACAUCCUCCCAGCAAUCCGUGCAUCAGUAAAGGUUGCCUUGCUCCCUG